GCCUGGAUCUUCUGUAUGGAAUCACUUUACAAAAGGUGAAGGAAAAAGUAAAGGAAAGCAUACAGCUACAUGUUUAUUUUGUAAUAAAUAUUAUCCAAGAGGUACUCCAAAUGAAUUAGAGUCUCAUUUAGCAACUACAUGUAUUCAACAUUAUUUAAGAGUUAUAUCAAACAAAGAUUGUGAUUCAAGUGAUAAGAAAAGAAAAAUAGAGUCAAAUCAACGUAAAUUAACACAAUAUCAUGAUUCUUCUGUGCUAAUUCCAGAAAGAAAAAAGAAAAUUGAUGCUGCAUUACUUAGAUUUUUUAUCUGUUGUGGGGUACCAUUUUCUAUUGUGGAGAGCCCAUUUUUUAUUGAGCUUACAAAACAAUUACAUGCAUCUUAUGACCCUCCUACAAGAAAGGCUUUGUCUAAACAAAUGUUGAAUUCUGAAUUGGCAACAAUUGUUGUAGCUGUAGAAAAUGAACUUCGUAACUCAAAAGAUUUGAUGCUUGGACUUGAUGGUUGGACUAAUAAAAGAAAUCAAGGAAUUUACAAUUUUGUAGUUAUUACACCUGAUAGAAAAGAAUAUAUUGUUGAUAUUAAAGAUCUUUCAAAUUUUAAAAAUUAUUGCAUUGACAUUUUUAAUAAGAGAUGGGGACAAUUUAAUUCUAAACUUUUUAUAUUGGGAUAUUUUUUACAUCCAAAAUAUAGGGAUAUGGGUCAUGGAAAACAAACUUCAACAAGGCUUGUAAGUCAAAUACAUUUAUAUUGUGAAAAAAAACCACCCUAUGACCUUCCAUAUGAUAAUGCAAUUUCAUCAUAUACAUGGUGGAAUUUACUAUCAAAAUCAGGUGGUUAUUUACAAGAAGUAGCACUAAAAUUGUAUGCAAUUACACCUCAUUCUGCAGG